GUGGCGCCCUUUACCAAUGUCUGCCUGCUCUUAGUAAAGGUGCGUGUCCGCUUCGGUCGCCCGGCUAGGAAUGCGCCUUUCGGCUUUGACGCUUGUUAAAUUUUGGGGGGAAGAAACAUUAGUGAUAAAGGUGGUUGGUAAAAGUAGAGGCAUACUCUGGCAUAGUUUUCGUCUGUAAAUAUAUUGUCGUGCGAACUUGAUUCACCAACGUUGAUUAAUAUCUAGCUGACUAGCUAGCUAAGUAGGAUAGCUUUGCUAGCUAAACAGCCAGGGCUAGCAAGUAUCUUUUGGUGUUGGCUAAACAAGUCUAGCAGGAGAUAACCCGAUUGAUUGUAGACAGAAACCUGUACUUUGAGAGACUAGGGGGUGGAACACGGGCCGGGGGGUUGGGAGGAAAACGACGGGGGAGACGUGAGCCAAGAGCGGCCGAUGAGUUCGGACCAGGGCGGAGAGCCGCGGCUGCUGCAGGAGGAGGAGGCUGAUCCGGGGCCGAAGACCUGUGGGGAGGAAGAGACACCACUUGGGAUCGGGGGAGGAUCAGGCGGCAUGGUCACCUCCAAGGGCGCAGGUCUGAACCCCAAUGCCAAGGUGUGGCAGGCCCCUGCUGACGGCCCCGAUGGAGCACAGUGGCCCCCGGCUGACAUCACUGAAGAGUCUGUGCCCUCCACCGGUUGUAAACCGUACAGGGUAGGCUUCACCACCCUGGAGGACAGCAGCUCCUCCGCAGCAGCCACAGCUGAGAUCACUGUGAACGGCAUGGAUCCUCCAGACCUGGCCUUCACCCCUGCUGAGACUACAACUGGGACCUUGGGGGAGACCAAGCUGACAGAGGAACAGCCCCUCUCGUCAGAGAAACUGACAGAGUCCCUCAAGAAGGAGCUGGAGUUCUACUUCUCUCGGGAGAACCUGUCCAAGGACCUAUACCUGAUGUCCCAGAUGGACAGUGACCAGUUUGUCCCCAUAUGGACCAUCGCCAGCAUGGAGAGCAUCAAGGCCCUCACUACUGACAUGGAGCUCAUCCUGGACGUGCUCCGAUCCUCUCCAAUGGUUCAGGUGGAUGAGCAAGGAGAGAAGGUGCGUCCUGAUCACAAACGCUGCAUCAUCAUACUGAGGGAGGUUCCUGAGACAACACCUAUAGAGGAAGUGGAGGCUCUCUUUAAAAGUGACGACUGUCCGAAAGUCAUUAGUGUAGAGUUUGCGCACAACAACAACUGGUACAUCACAUUCCAAUCUGACACUGAUGCUCAACAGGCACACAGAUAUCUAAGAGAAGAGGUGAAAACAUUUCAGGGAAAACCUAUCAUGGCGAGGAUAAAAGCCAUCAACACGUUCUUUGCUAAGAAUGGCUACCGUAGCAUGGACAGCAGCCUGUACACAGCCCAGCAGUCUGCCCCGACCCAGACCCAGUACAACCCUAACCUGUACAUGCAGCACGUCUACAGCCCUCAGCAGCAGUACCCUCUCUACGGCAUUGUACCACAGACCUGGACAACCUCUCCUACACCCUACUUCGAGACUCCGCUGGCACCGUUUCCCAACAGUGGCUUUGUGAAUGGAUUCAGUUCUCCUGGACACUACAAGACUGGCAACAACUCCCUCCACAUAACUCGCCCCUUCAACAGAAACCGGAACCAUGUGAAACCCCAGGUGGGGAGACCAGGUGAAGUGACCCCUACAUCUGUGGCCCCUGUCCCCCUGGAGAGCUUGACUGGCCUGAGGAGCCCUCAGCCCCCCACCACCAACCCUGGCCCUGGGCCCCUGCAGACCCAGACACCUCCGGACCCGACCUCAACCUUCCCCCACCUCUCCUCCACCUCCUCGGACCCCAAUGAUGAUGGAAGCAUGUCUGUACGCGGAAGAAGGACGACAUACAGAGGCACGCGAAGGAGGAGAGAGGAUGAGCGGAUCACGAGACCCAGCCCUCUGGCUGAGGUAAAGGUGGCGCCCCCUAAGUUUGACCUGGCUACUACUAGUUUCCCCCCGCUGCCGGGCUGUGUGGCCAGUACCCAGGGAGAGCCCCUACUGGAGAACAGGAUGUCUGACGUGGUGCGAGGACUGAACAGGGACAAGACAACGGAACUAGCCAACAAGGAAGUGAAUGCCGGCCCAGCCUCAGCCCCAGGACAUGAGGAGGCAGUGUCUGUCUCUAGUCUUGUUCAGCCUACAGCCAAACUUGCUGUACACCCUCACGCACCCCCCGCCCCUGUCCCAGCCCCCAGUGUACCACAUCAGGAGAAGAAGUGGGAUAGGGUGGCAGAGCCCUCAGCCCCCAAAGUCACCCCACAUAGACCUGCUACCUCUGGGACCAACCCAACCGGACCCCCCUCCACACAGCCAGCUGUGCCUGGCCCCAAGCCCCAACCCAGCACAGUGUCCUCUACACCAGCUACACCGAGCACCCUGGCCUCCACCACCACCACUACUACCCCUGCACCACUGGAGCCCCGCAAGCUCAGCUAUGCCGAGGUGUGCCAGCGAGCCCCCCCUCCAGGCCCCCCAGCCUCGGCCUCCUCCACACCAGCCCAGCCGCUGCGUGAGCAGCGCGUCAACAAAGCAGAGGAGCCAGGAUCCAGCUCCACCACCAGCCCAGACGACCACACCAGGGGAGAUCGGCAGGACAAGGCCCAGGAGAGAGAGAGGGAUGGGGGCUGGGAGUGCAAGGAGAGCCGACCACGUGAUCGUGACCAUCGAGACCGUGACUCCCGGGAUGGACGGUACUACCGCAACAAUGGACCCCCCAGACAGGGGAGCUCUGGGGGCCUCAAGUUCCAUGAACAGAGACGGGGUCCCCAACUGGCCCGACGCAGCUCCCCCCAAGGAGGCCCCCGACACACUGGCAAAGAGCAGAACAUCCCCCCGGUGUCGCCAAAGUAAAACUUCUGAUAUGACUGACAAAAACAAACAAACAAAAGUGUGAUAUAUAUAUAUAUAUAUAUAUAUGGAUAUAUAUAAAGAAAAUCAAUGCAUAUAAAAGCAACAACCUUAGUGGUAAUCCCCCCCCCCCCCCCCCCCUUGCCUCCUGGAACACUGUCCCAGAGAAAGAAAAGCUUUGUUGAUGAAGUUAAAAUGGGGACAUCCAGGAGAAAGAACCAACAUCUAAAUAAGUAUCAACUAACUUUCGGAGUGAUUUGAAAAAGGAAAAAUAUAUAAUUUAGGCCUCGUAAACAAAUCUAUUAUUAGCAGAAUUUAAAAUCAAUGAUUUAUUUGGAGUUAGUUUCCUUUGCUACUCUGCCUGGGGAGAGGUUGCACACUGGGCCCUGUGUUAAGGCCCUCUACAUUUUAGAUUUUAAACAAUAGAUGUUGGUCUACAAGGAACAUAUGCACUAAAGAACUUAACAUACAUGCAUAUGUUGUGUACAUAACAAAGAUAUCACUAACAACGACUAUCUUAUUUUUUUUCUUUUGUGUACGUUCGGCAAGGAUGAAUGACUGACUGAAAUAAGAUGUGAUUGAUUGAGAUGUCUGUUUUAUGCGUCGAUUGUUGCUAAGCAAACAGAUUGGGACAGAGUGCUACACUUCAGUUCACUGGUUUUCAUGGAACAAAUGAACAGCUCAUUGGGAUUCAAGAAUCAACUCCCUGAAAUUGGCCAGUUAGACAUUAUCCUCUUAAUAAUGUUUAUUCAUGAAAAAUGUUAAAGAUAUGAGUGUUGUUAAUGAUUGGCUCACCUAUGUUAUCAGUAAAGAAUUCAACCAAAAUAAUUGGUAAUAAUCAAGUUAGUUUUAUGCUCGUUUCCCCCCCGCCCUUGAGCUGUCUGUGGCAUAUACAGGUAACUGCCAAAAUAAAGGAAACCCCAACAUAAAGUGUCUCUUAAUAUGACAUUGGGCCACCAUGAUCUGCCAGAACAGCUUCAGAGCACCGUGGCAUAUAUUCCACAAGUGACUGGAACUGUAUUGGAAGAAUGUGACACCAUUAUUACACAAGAAAUUCCUAAUUUGGUGUUUGGUUUGUGGUGGAAAAUGCUGUCUCAGGCGCCACUCCAGAAUCUACCAUAAGUGUUUUAAUUUGGUUGAGAUCUGGUGACUGACAGCCAUGGCAUAUGGUUUACUUUGUCAGUGCUCUGUGGAUGGGGGCAUUGUCAUCCUACCUAUAUUGGCAUAGCCAUGAUAGCCAACAUAAUGGCCUGGCCAGCAUUUAUUUACUCAACCUUAAGCGUGAUGGGAUGUUAAUUGCUUAAAUAACUCAGGAAUCACACCGGUGUUGAUCUCAUUUACUCAAGUGUUUCCCUUAUUUUGUCAGUUAACUGUAUGUGACUGCUUUGUUGUUGCAAACGGGUCCACUUGGGGUAAGAGCACUCCUCAGCCUGUUGAGAUCGCAGUUUCCUGGUCCAAACCUGUUCAUUUUCAAGUUCGUUCAUCUCUUUAUCUUCAUUUCCUGAUAUGUUUGUAUUUGGAAACUUAGGAAAUAUAUGUUGAUGGGUGCCAGUCUGUUUCUGCCUUUACUUAUGGAUUUGUCAUGUUUGGCUUGACAUUGACAACAAUGGGGUUGGUAAGAGCACAAAUAGAUCUGGGACCAGGCUGAAAGGUUGAUGCGGUCAAACCUGACUGCUUAGGUGGCCUAAAUGGUCUUGGCAAGAUCUGUUUGGUUUCUCCCCACAUCAAUGGAGGAUAUUCAGGUUUAGCAACUCAUUUUUGUGUAUUGUAAAAAAUAAAAUAAAAAAAUAUGGUUUAGAAGUAUCAGAUUGAAGUAGGGGUAGUGCAGUGUUUCCCAAACUCAGUCCUGCCCCCCCUUGGCUGCACGUUCUGGUUUUUAACCUAACACCACAAAGCUGAUUUCAAAUAAUCAAAGCUUGAUGAGUGUCAUUUCAAUUGGCUGUGUAGGUCUAGGGCAAAAACCAAGCUGUGCACCUGGGACCACGUUUGGGAACCCUGGGCUAAAGAGUGCUGUUAACCGAGAUGGAUUUAGCUAGCCUAUAUAGUAGAUUUGGCAGCCAAGUAAAGGGUUAAACAAUCAGACCAUUUAUGUGCUAUGUGCCAGCUGCCUAUAGUUCUAGUUGACGUGGUAGGGUAGGCUCUCUGUGUCCCAAAUGGCGUCCUCGUCCCUAUAUAGUGCCCUAACUUUUGACCAGGGCCCUCGUCAAAAGUAUUGCACUAUAUAGGGACCAGGAUACCAUUUGGGACGAACGCGGAGUUGAAAGGUCGGCUUAGUAAUGUAGUCCUUCAGGGGGUAAACUCUUUGUCCCAGUUGUACUGAAGAGGUGUAGUAUCCUAUGCUGUAUGGUAUUAUUAUUAUUAACCCUUUGCUAGAGCCGUGUGUGGAAGAAUGUAUUGGUUCUAAUGCUGAACAUCCAGAGGGAGGCUGGCUUUGGUCAAAGAUGGGCAUCUACCACCAUAUUGUUUUUUUAGGGUGAGUUUGCAGUUCUAAAAUUGGGUAAAAACAGACAGAAAUUUGACAUGGGGAUUUUCAGUUUGUACUGUACAACAUUUACUACUUAGAUUGUAUUUAUUUUAAUCCUACUGUUGGUUGGCUGGUUUCCCCAAGGUGUGUGAGAGCGAAUUGGCAAAGAAGCACGCAGAUGAUGACAUUGUAUAUUGUUUGAGAUUUCAGCUGAGAGAAAUACUUGAUGCAUUGACUUUGGGUUUAGUAAUGCCGUUUAUAAUUGAGUUAAUCACUCACUGAGGCUGUUUAUUCAUGAAUGAGUUGUGAGCAGCUAGUGAUGUAGUGUGGUGAUGCACUAACUUGUUUUUAAAAAGAAUCUUACUGUUCAAGUAAUGUGAAAGAAUUUUAGAAGCAUAUGGUAAUGAUAUUAAUGUUGACAAGCUUGAGAAUCUACAGGAAUAGUUUUUUUUUCUUUUUCUUUUUUCCUCCAUAAUGUUUUCAGUAGAAUUCUUCUGUAAAUUUGGGGUUUGGGGUGGCAACAAGCAAAUAUAGCAACGGAUCGGUUUUAAGUGUUUGACACACUAAAUUCUAGAACUCUGUAUGAAAUGUCACCCAAAAAAAUAAAUUAUUUUGAUUUGGC